AAGGGAGGGGAGGGAAGGCAGCUGCAAGCACGGAGUAGCGUGGCCUUUGGUGCGAGGGAGAGAGAGAGUGCGGUGGGUAGAGGAGGACGGGAGCAGUGUCAUGGAGGCCAGUGUCUGGCUGGUGGCUGUCCGUCGACCUGCUCCCUUGCUUCGUUACCUGACAGCGCUCCUCAGUGUUUCCAAAGCCGCGUCCACCGAUGGGUCGAGCCGCGAUCCUCUAGUGAGCUCCUCAAGCUCGCCACGCUCGGAUCCCACCACCACAUCGCCGAUAAGAAGUGGAACCGAAUCCGGGAUCCGGUUGAUCGUCCGCGGAAUCCAUCCCGACGUGUCCUGGCCAAUCGGAAACGGAAGCUGUGCGUGUCGCGAGUACACGGUUUCCGAAGGGAAACGGCGGGUGAACGAAGAAGAACGAUAUAUAUAUAUAUAUAUAUAUAGAGAGAGAGAGAGAGAGAGAGAAGGCAAGAGAGAAGAGGAGCGGAGUGUAAGAGGGAGAUAGAAAGAGAGAAAGAGGGAGGAAAGUGACACGUUACGAUACGAUCGAUCCAACGACCAAAGUUAUAACGUGCGUUUAAAACGAACACGGGUCCGAAAACGCGAUCGGGACAAUGUGCUCGUGACAAGAGGGAGCGCUCUUUUCUCUUUCUCUCUCUCGUUCGUCACAGCCGAGCCGUUUUAAGUUUCUCGUGCACGUUCAUCGGUGAAAGAAAGAAAGCUAACUAGAUUCUUUCUCUUUCGACGACGACGACGACGAGGACGACGAGUGGCAAGCGAAGGAAGAAUAGGAAGAGGAAGAAAAAGAAGAAGAAAAAGAAGAAGAAGAAGAAGAGAAGAGGAAAGAGAAGGAGAAGGAGGAGGAGGAGGAGGAGGAACGCGCAACAUCGAGCGAAGAAAGAUACACCCGAGGAGCCCGAGGAGGAAACGGAUAAAACGUGGGCGUUGAGUGAUUGUUGUCGGUGCUAGUUUCCAUUGGGAGUCAUGAGAGAUACCAGCGAUAUGAUGUCGGAGGACUCCUUGUCCGAGGACACGAUGAUGGACUGCGAGGGUGACGCAGGAGGGUUGGACGAGCUGGUCGACCUCGCGACCGACGUCGCGGAUUCAUCCCCGACGAUUCGAGAUGCCGCGGAGAGGUUGCUGACGUUGUUGGGCGUGGACGAGGAGGAGAGCGAGGAGAGCCCGGUGUCGUCGUCCUCCUCCUCGGAGGACGAGGGCGUGGAGUUGGACGGGGAGCUCGAGGACGAGGAAGAGGAACGGGUGGACGGCAGGCUGUUGCACCAGCUGGCCGCCUCUUUGGCCAACGAGUUGAAGCAAUCCCGCGAGAGAGCGGCCACGACCACGGCGGCUCGUCCCGGCGACAGGGAGCCGCGUCGAAUGGAGGUGAUAGUGGCAGGGACGAAUCGCGCGGACCACAGUUGCCUUCAGGAUCGGAGCUUCAAGGGGGGGGCGGGUGAUUGUCGCGACGUCGCGAGCAAAUGGGGGAGGAGGCGCGAUGGGGAGUGCUCGUUCGGCAAGCGGCGGCGACGGCGGCCCGUUUCCGACGAGCCCCGGCGACGGCGGCCCGACGGCCGCUCGAGGCUCGGCCAGGGGGGGGGCGAGGGUCUCGUUCGGACGGGGCAGGUACUCGCGUCGUCUUGGAGCGCCGGCUGGGAUGCAUGCGCCACGGAGGCCCUCAGAUAUCUGGUCGAGGACGAGGGAUUGCCGCCUCAUCAUCCCACGGUGCUGGCCAUGAAGGACCAUCUGGAGGUGCAGAGGGAACGAGCCUUCCUUCGAUACGCCGCGUAAACCAGUCGCUCUAGAUUUUUAUCCGAGACCAGCUACUUUUUUCUCUCGCCCCCCUCUUCCUCUCGAAACCAGGAAUCCGCUCCCAGAAGGAGAGAUAAUCGCGAUCUGGGGCGCGGUGCUUGGAAAGGGGAGCGCGUUGCCCCGUUUCGAGGUGGAAGUCGAGAAGAAGGUGUACGUAGGGGAGGGGCAACCUCUUUAGCGCUCGGUUACAGCAGCUCCCCCUGUGAAUGGAAAAAUAGAGAAGGGGGAGGCAAUUUACGAGAAGGGAAACGAUUGUUGUUACAAACGAUAAAAUUCCGCUUGCCUUUUCUUUGUUUCAAGAAAGACGAGAGGAGAAGGAUGAAACGCUUCGUUAACCUCUACUCUCCUCCUCUACCGGGGGGGAGGAUAUAGAAUAGACGUCCCACAUUCGCUUUUCAAUCAUCUCGGACGUGGCGAUCGUCCACCACCGGUUCGCCAGUCUUGCGCGGGGGAGGGUUAUCUGUCGCGAUAAAAAAGGAAAAAAAGGAGGAGAAUGUAAAGAGAGGAGGAGGAGGAGAAGAGGCAGCUCUUCCUAUUCGUAUUAAAAUGCAUUCACGCCGCGUGUUUGUUGAGCAAACGACGGACGCGCUUUCACGAGAGAGGAGGACACCGGCGCUCGAUUCGUCGAGCGGAUUCCAAAACUUCCUCCAGGUAGUUGAGAGGAGAGCGGCCGUUGUUGCCUCUCGUUCCGGCCAACGAGAGAAUAUUAUUACCGCGUGAGAAUCAAAAGUGAACGCUCUUCCCCUCCUCCUCUCUCGUGAUACUCUCCUUUUCUUUUCCUUUUUGUUUCUCCCCUUCCGUUUUUCUCCCCCCGCGCGUUAGAAAGUACGUAUAUCAUUAAAAUAGAGAUUCUAAAAGUUCGAACAAAUUUUUAAAUUAGAGGUUAAGACGCACUUGAAAGAAGCACUGCUAACUAACCGUGUAAGCGUACGAAGAGUCGGGGAUUUUCAAAAUCGAUUUUUCUCCAUCCGUUUCUUUUUCCACGAAGAAAAAAAGGGGGAGGGGAAAAAGAAAGAAAAGAAAAGAUGGAUCCGUGACUCUUCUUCAGGUUCCUAUCCAUUGAUGAUGAUGAUGAUGAUGAUGAUACGGCAGAGGGAGGAAUGAACUUAACAUCCAAUGGCGCGUCAUUUAAGGACGUACGUCGUUUAACGUCCUCAUUUUUUUUGUAAUUACACCAAAUUGGUUAUACGUAACGAGUUUAAUUUUUUUUCUUUUUUAUAUUCGUACAACGAGCCGCUUUUUCUUUCUUUCUUUCUUUUUUAAUCAUUUUUCUCUUUCCUUCGUUUCCUCUCUUUCGUAUCGUAGCACGAUUUAGCGUUCGUCUUUUUUAUUUUUUUUUUAUUUUUCAUAUACCCAUCAUUAGUAUACUUACCUAUAAUCGUUUUUUUUUCUCUUCUAAUAUUCGUUAUUUAUUGUGUAUCGCGUUAUUAGGUUAAGGAAAAAUUGCCCCCCUUCGAUCCAUUGGACGUUAGAUUCGGCUCCGCGAGAAACGAAUGUCAAUAAACGAUGUCAAUACGAGGGGGAGGUUCAUACGCUGGAUCGAUAUGAACGAGAACAACGGGGGGAGGGGGUUGUGAACCCCGGUCUAACCCCCGGUUACAGAAUUUCUUAAUCGAUUGUCGAGACGUUUUUUCAAAAAAAAAGAAAAAAAAAAGAAAAAAAGGAAAAAAAAACACUUACACAAGAGAGAGAAACCUGUAGAUUAUUUUAUCGCGCAUCAUUUUUGCCUGCUCGAUCCUCCUCGCGUGGGAAAAAUUCGUUUUGGAGGAUCGAAAAGCGAAGAGAAGAGACCGUCGCCUCGUCGGUUUUUUGAAAUCAAAAAAAGAAAAAAGAAAAAAAACAAACAAAAAGAAAAAGACAAAAAAAGAAAAACUAAAUAUUCCUAGGGCAAACUCCUGUAGAUUAUUUUAUCGCGUGAUAAACUCGUGCGAAUUGUUCGAACGUUGCAUCGCAUCUCGCCCCUAUUAAUCCUCUCGCAAUUUCUCGCGUUUACCAAGUGCCUCCGUUUCAAUCGCUCGUUAAUCUUAUCCUUAACUACAAAAAUCCUCGCUACCUUUUAAAUAGAGAGAGAGAGAGAACAAGAAGAAAAAAGAAACGUCUACUCUUGGAGAAAGAAAAACGCGAUUAUGCCGUGCAAUGUUCGAUUAAUUCGAAAGAGGAAAAAAAAAAAAGAAGAAGAUGGUAUACGAGAACGGAUCCAAAUGUCGAUGGAUUUGAACGCUACUAGAUAAAUGUUAUCGAUUGUGAAUCACGAUUCGACGAUGAUCUCUAAUAAUCGGAUCAUACGGAACAUGCGUCGAUAUUCAACGUCGACAUUCGGAUCGAUGAACAAGCGUGAUGAGAAUUAUACACAUAUAUAUAUAUAUAUAUAGAUUAUAGAGCGAUCUGCGAGUGAUUUUGGAUCGACGAUCGACCUCGAUCGCGAGUCACCCGCCAUCUCGAAUAAUUUUUUCUCUCCAUGCUCCACGCGCGAGACGUGGCACGCAACCUCGAGUCAGCGCUCAUCAACGACUCGAUCCCUUGUACAUAUGUAUGAUAUCGUAUCGUUUUAACUUAUACACGACUACUUGUUACUUUUACAAUAAAUCAUUGUAGAUAAUCAUCAUUGACCAGUAAAUAAACGAGAGCUAAGUUAA